AUGGCUAGCUCAUUCCUCAAUCAAAAUCUCGUGAGUCUGUACGACAGAUGGCACAGUGGUGAACGCAGGGUCCAGGAUAUGCUGUAUAUCCGCGAGGCAGUGCAGGAACACAGCGCCAUCUUCCGACCCUUCUUGACCGAGCAGAUGCAGAACUUUGUGCCCACGCUAAACUACUUUUUCUUUGGAACCCUGGACGACCAAGGACGUCCCUGGGUUUCGAUCCUGACAGGUCCCAAGGGCUUCCUCCAUUCCCCCCAUCCCCGAACUCUUGACAUCAAGGCAACUCUGGAAACUGGUCGCAGUGGACUUGAUCCCGUCUUCUUUAACCUUGUCCACGGCGAGUCCUUCAAGAGCGGCAAGCGCAUGUGGGGUGGUGUUGGAUUGGAUUUCUCUAACCGUCGCAGGAACAAGAUGAAUGGUGUGCUCUAUCCGGCAGAUCUCUUGGUCGCAGACGAGACUUCUAGAAAACUGCAUGUCCGCCUAACGGUCGAGCAAACUAUUGGAAACUGCCCCAAGUACAUAACUACCCGUGAAAUGGAGCCAUGUCCUCGACAGAAUUCUGACAGUAUUCAUGCGGAGGCGUGGGCCGCAUUGGCCAACACCAGUGAUGAAGAGUCACCACGCGAUCUGGCAGAGGACGAGAAAGCUGUCAUUCACCAAGCAGAUUGUCUCUUCAUAUCAUCAAGGUUCAUUGAUGAGAGUCUUGCAGACCAAACGAGUGGAAUGGACUGCAACCAUCGAGGAGGCAAUCCCGGAUUUGUACGACUCAAUGGCAAACGACUCGUCUUUCCAGAUUAUAGCGGCAAUAGAUUCUUCAAUACGCUAGGGAAUAUUGCAAACGAUGAAAGAAUAGGGAUCUUGUUUAUCAAUUUCGACACCGGAGAUGUGCUCCAUUUGACAGGGCGCGCGCAUAUCUUUGUUGGAAAAGAGGCCCAAGUAAACUAUCCGCACGCGCAGCGAUGUGUCCAAGUGACGAUCGACGACCAUCUCCUUAGAAAGGACGCUCUACCUUUUAGGAUGCGCACUAAAGAGCUUUCGCCCUAUAAUCCGACUGUACCCUCCAGCCAGCAUCGGACCAUCGAGGAGCAGCUUGUAGGACGAACAACCGCUACACUCUCCGGUAUCACGAAACACAACAAAGACAUCUCCACGUUUCGGUUCAAUACUUCACGUCCCAUCCGCUAUAUCCCUGGCCAAUAUGCUGUUCUGGACUUUGGACAAUUCAACACGCUUGGAUACCGACAUAUGGCGCUCGAUAAUCCUCAGAGCCUGAACGAUGACUAUGUCCGUACUUGGACCAUCUCCUCAGCACCGCUGGCAGAGACAGGUCAAGAAUCCGCGGGUUGGCAAAGGAUGUCAGAGUUUACGAUUACUGUCAAACGUAAGCCUGGAGGGGCUAUCUCAAAUUUGUUGCAUGAUAUGGUAUUGGACGAUCGACAGCCCUUCACGGUGCCUUUGAUCUCCACAGGCGGCAGCUUUGUACUUCCGUCAGUUCCAUCAAGUAUCCCUCAGUCGACUCUCAAGGCGGCAAUGAUCUCUGGGGGGAUUGGAUCCACACCCUUCAUCUCUAUGGUCCGCGGUGCGAGGCAGCUUCGUCAAGGACCAGUGGAUAUCCAAUGGGUUAUCUCAGCACCGUAUUUCAGCAAUAUCCUCCCAGAGAUCUUACAAGAUAUGAUCGCGCCAGAGGAAUCGAUGGAAGGCGGCAACGCUGACAGAACAAAGCAUUCAUUGACCCUGGCCGUAAAUGUGUUCCUGACCCGAGGCAACCCCGAAACCACAUCCCCAACGCUCCUUGAAUUGUCAAGCACCAAGUUUCAUUUCUCCAGACUGGACAGCCAGAGUCUUUUGGCCGCUAUUCCCGAUCUUCAAGAUCGCCAGAUCCUUCUUUGUGGUCCCGAACCUUUUAUGGACGCUGUCAAGAAAUACCUGGAGAAGCUCGGUAUCCCUGCAGCACAGGUCAUGGUGGAAGACUUCAACUUUUGA